AUGAAGACAUCCACGAGGCCGCCGAUGAGUUCGGCGCAUUCUCAUCCACAUCGUUCGUGCCAUUCCCAAACCAACGCACAAUCAUUCCGCUCCAACAGGUCCACCACCCCUAUGGCAUCUCCACGCCUGCCUCACUCGGUUGGGCAACCGUACCCCCCGUCCUCCAAGCUAUCACCGGCGUUUCCUACCGAUGUACGAUCAUCGAGUCCUAAUUACUUCGGCCUCAACGUAGAGCCGAAUCCAGACCCUCGAGACUCGGCCAAGCUUCCACAGGAGAACUGGAGCCCACCGACAUCGUCGAUCAAGUCGUUCGGCGCGGCCAUGCCAAAGCAACUGCCUCUUGAUGCUAAUCCCGAGUUCGAGGCGUUCCGUCGCCAAGCCGACGCCAAUCGAGGAAUGUCUUUCGCCCUAGGUAGCUCUCAUUUUGCGUCCCCGAGUAUGCAGCCGCCGCCACCGGGUCUGAGGCCUAGACCGCUGCGCCGGCCGACCAAUCAGAGUGACAGCACCUCUGACAUGGCAGGUUCCAGGCCCUCGUUACUCAGGCGGGAUACCAACGGCAGCCGAAUGGACAUUGACGUGGACAGUCUGCACGAUUCCGCCUACGUUUCUUCCGACUCCAAGAGGAACUCCGAGGCUUCUAUAAACCCUCCGUCUUUCUUUGAUAUGCCUAGGCAUGAGUCGCCGGCCCACACCGAUUCCCCCUUUCACCUCAUGAAGCGGUCAAAUUUAUCGCAGGUUGAAGGUGUCCACCCUCGAUUGUCUUUGCCGCAGAACAAGUUGGACCGUUCAGGUGGUGACACGGACAAACCCCGUUCUGAGACGCUACCCUCCAGCCUUGAGGCUGGUACUCCUGGCCUGAUCAUGCCUGCUCAACUCAAAGCUAUGAUUCAAAACAUGGACGAGAGUGAGUAUCUUUUGUUGGAUGUGCGGGUUUCAACUCAUUAUGCCCAGUCCAGGAUUCAAGGGGCGUUGAACUUGUGUAUUCCCACAACCCUGUUGAAACGCGCCACUUUCGAUUUGCAGAAAUUGCAAACAACCCUCCAGACUGAGGAGGACCAAGACAAGUUCGCGCAAUGGCGAACCGUCAAGCAUCUUAUUGUCUACGAUGGCGCAUCCUCGGAAAAGCGAGAUGCUCAUUCGGCUAUGAACAUGUUUAAGAAGUUCGCCAAUGAAGGCUACGAAGGUAACACAUAUUUGCUGAGAGGAGGAUUCAACGCCUUUGCCUCAUCACAAGCGGGACUAGUUGACCGGCGGAACGCAGCGGAAAGAGCAGGCAAACCGGCCACAUCCGACCCGGGUAGACCUACCUUUGCUCCAGUCAUCGGCGGGGUGAUGCUUCCUGCGUCGGGAAACGGCGCAAAUCCUUUCUUUGGCAACAUCCGCCAAAAUAUGGAUUUGGCCGAUGGUGUUGGACAGAUGGACAUUGCCCUGCCCGCUAACCUUAGUCCAAACUCCCUGCCGCAGUGGCUUCGAAGUGCUAGCACAACAGCCGACCACGGCAAAGCGGUAUCGGAGAAGUUCCUGCAGAUAGAACGCAACGAGCAGGCCCGCAUGAGAGACGCCUAUUCUGAUUUCAACUCUACCGUAUCCCAGAAGCCGGGCAUGGGCAAGGUUUCCCUAUCCGGCGUUGAAAAAGGAGGCAAGAACAGAUAUAAAGAUAUACUCCCAUUCGACCAUGCACGAGUCCAUCUUACGGGUCGACCGGAGGGCGCUUGCGAUUAUAUCAACGCAAGUCAUAUCCGAUCUUCGAAAAGCAACAAACGAUACAUUGCAUCUCAGGGCCCUCUGCCGGCCACAUUUGAUGACUUCUGGUCAGUCAUUUGGGAUGAAGAUGUCCGAGUUAUCGUUAUGUUGACUGCCGAAACGGAAGGCGGCCAGCUGAAGUGUCACCCGUACUGGCAGAACAAAAAAUUCGGAUCUAUUAAGCUCAAACCCUUAUCUGAGAAGAAAGUGUCUUUAGAUAUCGACAAACAUCGCACUGCUUCUCAGGCGACCCCCUCUUCGGGCGCAAGCAGUUCACCUGACUCUAGACGUCGGCGUGCUAAUACGACAACGACUCUAGAGUCAUUUGGCCCAACCCCUCAGCCUCCGCAAUCUCAGGCGGAGGCCCCAUACGUCAUCAUCCGCAAGUUUGCGUUGUCUCACGCAGCGCAUCCCUUCGCGCCCAUACGAGAAAUCACUCAGCUUCACUAUCCUUCGUGGCCAGACUUUGGUGCCCCCGCCCAGCCCUCACAUCUCCUUGCUCUGGUGGAGCUUUCUAACGUGAUGCAACGGGCUGCCUUGCCUGUGGACUCGAACGCGAUUACUGCAGCAGUUUCCUCCGAACGCCCGGCAACUCUGAACUGGGUUGAUGAGCCUGAGGAGAGUGCGCGCGCCCGGCCCAUGCUCGUACACUGCUCGGCAGGUUGCGGCCGUACUGGUACGUUCUGCACGGUUGACAGCGUCAUCGAUAUGCUCAAGCGACAGCGGAUGGCUUCUUUAACUGCCAGCAAGUCACAUGAUGGUGAUGGUGAUGUCAGCAUGGAUGAUGAGGCGAUAUCGCCCUGCACAAAGGUACCCAACUCGUUGAAGGAUAACUUGAAUGCGACUCGUGUCUUCCAGCCCCUUGUUGUCGAGAAGGACAAGAAAAAUUUAGACGUCAGCUGGGUGGGGAAUGAUGCGCUAGACUUGAUCGAGAAGACAGUGGAAGAAUUUCGAGGACAGCGGCUCAGUAUGGUACAGAGUCUACGACAGUUUGUUCUCUGUUACGAGAUAGUAUUGGAAUGGGUUGGCAGGUCUCAGGAGCGGAGCAGAGGCACCUCCGCCAAGAGGAGUAGAGCGCGGAGCGGGAGCUUGGAAGCGCCUUCCCGGAGAUGA